CAGUGGAGAGACGGGAACGAGGAGCCAGCAAGAAGGGCUCGUUCUUGGGACGACGGGACCACUUGCAUGACUAUGAGUCAGUGUGCCGCCGCUUACUUUGUGCGCCCGCCGGCGAGCAAGUUGUCAGCGCGCAGGUGACACGGGCCAUGCUGUGCUCCGGCGACGAGCCCGUGCCGUUGCGUGCGCGGUAGGAAGCAGCAGCGCGGACGAGUCCCGACGACCGAUCGGGGAAAAUAGGCCUAGCGGGCGGGACCCGAAGGCACCGCCGCUUCGUCUUGGGACCGGCGGGACUCCGGCCAGCGCGCGUCAUGCCGCGACUGGCGUCGUGAUGCGCGAGUUCAAGGUUGUGGUGCUGGGCAGCGGCGGGGUCGGGAAGAGCGCCCUGACGGUGCAGUUCGUGCAGGGCGUCUUCACCGAGAAGUACGACCCGACCAUCGAGGACUUCUACCGCAAGGAGAUCGAGGUGGACCAGGCCCCUUGCGUGCUCGAGAUCCUCGACACGGCCGGCACGGAGCAGUUCGCCUCCAUGCGGGACCUGUACAUCAAGAACGGCCAGGGCUUCGUGGUGGUCUACUCCAUCACGAGCCACCACACCUUCCAGGACAUCAAGAACAUGAAGGAGCAGAUCCUGCGCGUCAAGAACGCCGACCGGGUGCCCGUGCUCCUGGUGGGCAACAAGUGCGACCUGGACCACCAGCGCGAGGUGACGGUCGCAGAGAUGGAGGCCCUGGCCCAGCUCUGGGGCUGCCCCUGCAUGGAGGCCUCGGCCAAAAGCAGGUGCAACGUGAACGAGAUGUUCGCCGAGAUCGUCCGCGAAAUGAACGUUCUGCCGCCCAAGGAAAAGUACAGCUACCGUUGCUGCGCGCUACUCUAGCCGCCUUUGCAUCUGCCCUUUUCGCAGGACCC